CCAACUCUCUCUCUCUCUCUCUCUCUUCGACCCAGACGGAAAAGAAGAAAAGAAUAUUUCUCAUUUUAUUAUCUUUUAUUUUCUGAAAACAAAAAACCAUUGUUGAAAAAAAAGCCUAAGCCUAAUAACCUCCUUAUCCUCAAUCUCGCACAUCCUGAGAAAAGAGGGGGGGUCUCAGGAUAAUGCCGCUUUCUAGGGUUUUCUUUGCGGGCAAUGGUUUUCACGUAGAGUUAAUCAGAGAGUGAAGGGUUAGUGGUGGCCUGUGGUGUUGUUGAUGGUUUUUAAAUGGUUGAGAUGGGGUCGUGUGGGAGAUCUGCUGCCAUUGAUAAUCCCUCAGAAAAGUUUAUUAUUGAGCAGCAGCAGCAUUUGUGCUUAGAGGUUCAAGAGCAGGAGGUUGUUUCUGUUGUGCAGGAGUCUUGUUUAGAGGAAGAGGCUUGCAAUGUGGUGGACUCUAAUGUUGAGCUCUCCACUGUGAUUGAUGGUUGUCUGGGAGAGGACCGUGUCUGUUCCAAACGAUGUGUUGAUGUUACCGAGGGGUCCAGAGAGGGUUUGGGUUUGGGUUUGGUGAGUGAAUGCGAAAAUGCUGAUUUGUUGCCACUGGAGAAAUCUGCCGAAGAUGAUUGCCAGAAUUAUUUGGGGGUUUCUUGUGGGAGCAUUGAAGUUCCCUGUGUAAACAGUGGCUCAGAGGGAAGAUUUCUGGAUGAGGGUAACUUUGAUCUGCCUUCGGGGUCCUUAACUGCAGAUGAUUCACAGAUGUAUUGUGCUCAACUGGAUGAGCAGAAGGAUGAUGAGUCAUGGUCCUUAAUUACUGAUGAUUCACAGAGGCAUUGUGCUCAACAGGAUGAGCAGAAGGAUGAUAAGAGCGAUGUAUUGCCUGCAGCAGGAGAUGAUUUGGCUGUCGUGGAAGGCAAAAACGAUGUCACUGGUGUUCUUGCUGAUGCUUUCAGUCAUGUACAUGAUUUCAGGGAUUGCGAAGUGUCUUUGGAAUCGGAAUCCAUGGCUGACUUGUUAGUUGAUUGCAACUGGCAAAGUGAGCAGGAGGAAAUUAUGAGAAAUACUGAUCCCUUGUUGAAUGUAGUGGAAAAAUGUGACGCUCUAAUUGUGGAGGAAACUGAUGCUUGCAGGCAGAUAUCUCCUACACCGGCUAUGGAAGUGCCAUCAGGGGCACCAUCAGGUGCAUUAUGUACAGAUACUGAAGUAGAGAGCACAAGUGAUCAGCCAUGUGAUCAGAAAGAUGGUGAGGAAACUGAUGUUUGCAGGCAGAUAUCUCCUACUCUGGCUAUGGAAGUGCCAUCAGGGGCAUUUUGGACAGAUACAGAAGUAGAGAGCACAAGUGAUCAGCCAUGUGAUCCGAAAGAUGGUGAGGAUCAAAAUAGUACUUGUGAAGAAAUCAUCAACAUUAAUUCAUGUGUAAAAAUAUCAUCCUCUCCAGGUUGCAAUGAGACUGUUGGGAGCUCACCUGUAGUUGGUUUUCCUUGUGAGCCUGCCCUGUUGGAUCCAGAGUAUGAAAUGAAGAAUGGCAUGCUGCAAAUAGAAGAUGAUGCCUGUAAAUUGAAGGACUGUUCCUCAGAGGAAACUACCAACUCUACCUUUAGAAAACCAUUUUCUCCAGAAUCAGGUCUGCCCUCUGUUGCUUUAAUUACCAACUGCUCUGCAAAGGAUGUUCCUGAUCAACAGUCUAAGGGUGAUGAUGUUUCCAUUGAUAAUAAUAAUGCUGUGAACAAUCAAGGGCAGAUGGAUAAUGAUGGAACAGAAGCUGUUGAAGUUGAUUGUAUCACUGAAGGCAUACCGUUACCUUCUCAAAGGAAUAGUCGAAGAACUAAAUUUGGCCGUAAGACACAAACCAAAAAGGCUUCAAGAAAAUGCAAGAACAAAACCAAGGUUACACAUCCAAAUGGGGGUAUGAAGCUAAACUUAGAGGCUGCUAGAAAGAAAAGAAGUUGUUUCUCCAAACCAGCUCGUUCUUCUAUCUGGGGAUUGAUUGGAAAUAUUGAACAGUUUUUUGAGCAAGAUAAUGAGCUUGGAGAUGGUGAAGCUGUGUGCCAAGAAUUGGGGAAGGCUAGAAGCAAGCCUCAAAGUGGGAAAGCGGUUAAGAAUGGUGCAAGUACUACCUCAUUGGGUUCAGUACAGAAGCAUUCUGUUUCAACUACUCGUGUUCGUCUGAAGAUCAAAUUUGGGAAAGAAGUUGAUUUAAGUUGCUCAAAUGUCUUGAUUCCAGAGUCUGUUGAUGGCUUGGCUUCUGCUUCCUAUUUGGGGUCUGGUUCAGGUUCUCAGAAAGUAGCUGGCAAUGCUGAUGAUAAAAUUUCUGAAGUGGUGGCUUUGGGCCAUUCAGAAUCUUUCAAUAAUGACCUGGACAAGGAUGGUUUUGUUCUAAAUGAACAAGUUGCAAAUAACCCCUUAGAAACCACUGAAAUAACAGAGAAGUCAUAUGGGGAUGCAGAGGAACCUUGUCUUGCAGUUCCUCCAGAGAAGGUGGUUGAAGCAUUGAUUGAACCUAUCAAUAACAAGGGUAUGGAUCCUGGAACCUCACCUGAUUCUGAAGUUAUCAAUUCAAUUCCCGAAGUCCAGGCUGGAGAAAAACAUCAAGAAGAUGCACAUCAUGCUGUUUUAGGUUCUUCUAAAGAAUUAAAUUCUAAAUUGGAUGUUACCAUCAGUAAGAGAGGGAAGAACAAAGAGAAAGUUAUUUGUUCAAGUAAUUGUAUCACUGAAGAUGGAUCACAAGGUCCACAUAAGAAUAGUAGAGCUAAGCAUUCAAAGAAUCACAGACGUAAGAAAAAUUGCAGGGAUGUGGUCAGCUCUUUGGAAUUGCCCACUGAUAUAAGCAAAUCUUUGAGCAGUAAAGAAUUGUCCCCAGAAUCAUUGCCUCUUUCUGUAGAGACUGAACUUGGAGGCUCCACUGAGGCUUUGAAAGUUAAAAAUCAUACGGACGUUAAGACAAGUGACAAACCAUCUGUUGACCAUGGAUUUUCAGAUUCCCUGGUUGCUGAGAAUAUGCUGUCAUCUGCAAGACCUUUGGAGCGUAAACUACCUAAAAGUCUUAGAGCUAGUAAAGUUAGCAAGACCAAAUCUAAAGCUUCUGACUCAACUGGCAGGAAAAAGACUACUGCUGGUAUACGCAAGGAGAAACAGAUAAAGGCAAUUAAUAAGAGCAAAGUCAAGGGAAAAGGUGUUUCUCUUAAAGUUACAUGUGAAGUGGAAGAUUGCCUGCAUCCAGGCUUUUUUUUUGUCUCAGAAGAAAAUGCUGGAAAUCAUAAGCUGGAUGCUGUUGGAAAAAUUAUUGCUGAUGACAACAGAGUAUCGGUCAAUUUAUCUAAUUUGGACAUGCUGUCUGGUGUUGGUUAUGGGGAGCAACUUCUAUCACCCCGUAAUGCAUGGGUUCGUUGUGAUGAUUGUCACAAGUGGCGGCGAAUUCCAGCUGUGCUUGCAGACCGAAUUGAUGAAACUAACUGCACCUGGACAUGUAAGGACAGCAGUGAUAAAGCCUUUGCUGAUUGUGCUAUCCCUCAAGAAAAGUCAAAUGCAGAGAUUAAUGCGGAGUUGGGAUUAUCAGAUGCCUCGGGUGAAGAAGAUGCAUAUGAAGGUUCCAAAAAUUUUAAGGAAUUAGAAUAUCGGCCUCCGUUAGUUUCCCAGGAGUCAACUUUUACCCAUAUUUUGACCAAUGAAUUUCUGCAUCGUAGCCAUAAAACUCAGACUAUUGAUGAGAUAAUGGUCUGUCAUUGCAAGCCAUCUCAAGAAGGAAAGUUGGGCUGUGGGGAUGAAUGUCUAAAUCGGAUUCUUAAUAUUGAAUGUGUGCAAGGAACCUGCCCAUGCGGGGACCGUUGUUCCAACCAGCAGUUCCAAAAACACAAGUAUGCUAGCCUGAAGUGGUUUAAAUGUGGGAAAAAGGGUUAUGGACUGAAGGCAAUUGAGAAUGUAGCUCAAGGCCAGUUUCUUAUUGAAUACGUUGGAGAGGUACUUGAUAUGCAAGCAUACGAGGCACGGCAAAGAGAGUAUGCUUUGAAGGGUCAUCGGCAUUUCUAUUUUAUGACCUUGAAUGGCAGUGAGGUGAUAGAUGCAAGUGCAAAAGGAAACUUGGGGCGUUUCAUUAAUCAUAGUUGUGAUCCUAAUUGUCGGACAGAAAAGUGGAUGGUGAAUGGGGAAAUCUGUAUUGGACUGUUUGCAUUGAGGGAUAUUAAGAAGGAUGAAGAAUUGACCUUCGAUUACAACUAUGUGAGGGUUUUUGGUGCUGCUGCCAAAAAAUGUUAUUGUGGUUCACCUAACUGUCGAGGUUAUAUAGGUGGUGGUGAUCCACUUAAUGCUGAACUGAUAGUUCAAAGUGAUUCAGAAGAAGAAUUUCCAGAACCUGUCAUGCUCACCAAAGAUGGUGAAAUUGAAGAUUCUGUACCUACACCCGAGUAUUUUAAUAAUGUUGAUACACAAUCUGCUAAACAUAUGUUGAAAGACAGGGAUAUAUUGGACAAUUCUACAACUGCUAUAGAUUCGGAUGGUUCUCUAGAGAAAGAGCGUUCUAUGAACCCUGCCUCUGCUGUUUCUCUGUUGCACAGCUCAGCAGAAAUGGAGGAUUCAAAGGGUAAAUUACAAUCUUCUGUUCAAGUUGAAGAAAUUUCUCAACAAAUGGAGGAUGUAACAAGCAAACCCAUGCCUGCUGUACACCAAGGAUAUGAAAAGGAAUCAGAAUUUGCAGACAAAACUUCUUCCAUUCAAAGAUUAGACACUACUUCUCCCCUUACAACUGUCAGCAAAAUGUUACCGAAUUCUGCUGGUAGUAACAGGGAGUCAAAGUCUGAAAUAAUUGGAGGCAGGAAGACUCCUAAGUUAAAAGGUUCUGUUAAAAAGGGAAAGGUUCAUGCUAAUCCUCCAAAUGGCCUUAAAACUGAGGUGACAGCCAAUCGAUUACAGGUGCCAUCAAUAAAACACAAAAAAGUAGAAGGUUCUUCCAAUGGACGGUUUGAAGCAGUUCAGGAGAAACUUAAUGAGUUGCUGGAUGGAGAUGGUGGAAUAAGCAAAAGAAAAGAUGCCACCAAAGGGUACUUGAAGCUUUUGUUUCUCACUGUGGCAUCAGGAGAUAGAAUUAAUGGUGAAGCAAUUCAAAGCAAUCGAGAUCUUUCCAUGAUCCUUGAUGCUCUUCUGAAAACAAAAUCUAGAGCAGUGCUGAAUGAUAUAAUUAACAAAAAUGGUUUGCAGAUGUUACAUAACAUUAUGAAGCAGUACAGGCAUGACUUCAAAAAAAUUCCAAUACUACGAAAGCUUCUUAAGGUCUUGGAGUUCCUAGAAGCAGGCAAGAUUUUGACAUAUGAACAUAUUAAUGGUGGUCCUCCUUGUCGUGGAAUGGAGAGCUUUAGAGAGUCAAUGCUUUCUCUGACAGAGCAUGAAGACAAACAGGUCCAUCAAAUUGCUCGAAACUUCCGAGACAGAUGGUUUCCCAGACAUGCCAGAAAACAUGGCUAUAUGGACAGGGAUGAUAACAGAGUGGAAUCUCACAGAAGUUUCAAGUGUAACAGAUUUUCAGCAUCACAGAGUUAUAGGCAUGAACAGGAUUUAAAGACUACAGAAGCAAGUGAUUGUAGUCAGCAGUCGAUGCUUGUGACAACUCCAGUAGAUGCUGAAGCCCGGGAAGGCUUUCCUGUGCAGUCUCUAGAUGGGGUUGAAACCAAAACAGCUGAAAAGCGUAAGCGCAAAAGCCGAUGGGAUCAACCAGCCGAAACAAACUCGCAUUCUGAUGUCGUUAUGAGCUCUAUUGGUGAAAGCCAGAACAUUCAUGAGGAUGUUCCACCAGGGUUUUCGUGUCCAGUAGGUUCAUUAAAUGCUUCCCUAAACUCUGGCAAUCUUGCCUUGCAAAAUGCAAGCCGUUCUGGAUGUCCCUCUGAUAUAAUUAUUGGUCAUCCAAAAGAGAAAUUUAACUCUUGCUUGGCUGUCUCAUUUGGAAUGCCAUGGUCUGUUGCCCAGCAAUAUGGAACUCCUCAUGCUGAAUUUCCAGAGUGUUGGGUCACUGCACCUGGCAUGCCUUUCAACCCAUUUCCUCCACUACCCCCGUAUCCACGGGACAACAAAGAUUGUCAACCUUCUAAUACUAAUGCUAUGAUAAUUGAUCAGCCUGCUGAAGUUGAGCAGGGGGAUACCAGCGGUAUGGUUAAUUGUCGCUCUGAUGAUAUGAUUCCCAGCACAACUGGUGUUAACCCUGAAGACUCUAACCUUCUGUUUGAGGACAAUAAACACAUAAGUAAACGAUUGAAGGGUGACUCAAAUGAUUUGGGAACGAGGUACUUUAGACAGCAGAAAAUACACCGACCAUGGUUCAAGAGGAAUGCAUGGAAAUGUGAUGAGAACAACUCUAGUGGUGAUAUGUGCAGUAUAGAUGUAGGAGAUGUACCAAAAGAGUCAAAAGUUACUUGUGACGCGGAGGAUGCAAUCUGUAGAGAGGAGUAAGCAUUCCUCUCCUUCACUUUCUACACUACCCGGGGCAAUCCUGCUGUUCUCAAUACUGAUCUGCCCAAACCUUCAAGAGGUAGGUGUUUCUCUUGACUUGUAAUCCUCCGAAAAUGGAAAACCUCCUAUGGUAAUGCACAGGAUUGAUGAGACAAGUAUUGUUUGUUUCAACAUUUUCUUAACAUUUAAUGAGUGGACUGAAGUCUGAAUCUGAUGGGUAGUUAUCUUUAUUUACAAA